CCCGCCGCCAGCGCCGCCUGCCCUGGUGCCGCCCGGCGCGGAGCGGAGCCCGGCAAGAGCCCGGCGGGGCCGGCCGAGGAUGGGCACGGAGCCCCGGCGGCAGCCGCCCUGCAGGAGAUGAAUUAAAAUGCAGCACACCACGUGCACAGAGGACAGGAUCUACCACGCUCUGGAAAGGUGUCUCCACGGCCUUAGCAGGGACGCUGUGUCCAGCAGAUGGGCUGCCGGGCUGUGCCUGAACUGCUGGAGCCUGCAGGAGCUGGUGAGCCGGGAUGCCAGCAACUACCUCAUCCUGGUGGAGAAGAUCCUGGGCAAGACCAAAGAGGUGCAGGAGAGGUGUGACUACGACCUUGUGACACCCCUGGCUCUGCUCUUCUACUCAGCCGUGCUCUAUGCUCCUCACUUCCCACCUGGCUCUGACCUGCUCCUGAAAGCUGCCAGUGUCUACCACAGCUUCCUGACAUGGCCCGUGCCCUACUGUGACACCUUCCGGGAGCUGCUCACCUUCAUCAGCAAUGAGCUCAAGGCGCCAGGGAUCACGUUCCAGAGGCUGGUGAGGACGGAGCAGGGGCUGCCUGUUAAGAACUACCAGAGCUCCACAGUGACGGUGCUGCUGCUGAAUCGCUCAGAGGUCCAGAGCGAGUUCCUGUCCAUCGCUGAGAAGCUGAGCUCCAGUGAGCCCCCCCAGCACUCCACGCUGGUGCUGCUCCUCCAGCACCUCUACCAGGCCAACUUCGGCACCUGCUGUGACCUGGACAGGCUGCAGCACCUGCUCAAGUCCAAGCCCCUGGAGGAGCUCUCGGAGCUCUACGCCAGUGCUGCCGAUGCACAGGAGGCGGCGGCCGCCAGCAGUGACCCUGCGCUGGCCCGGGAGCGGCUCCAGGCCAUGCUGCGUGACAUCGCCAGGGCUGCCUCCCUUCCUGCCAUUGCAGGCGAGGCCCAGCCCCGCAAGCUGCAGCCCAUCCCUGUCCCCCCUGCUCGCUGCUACACCUACAGCUGGGACCAGGACACCUUUGACAUCCUCAACGAUGUCCUCAGCAAGGAGUGCAGCAUCGCUGAGCCCCUGGCCUCAGAGAAUGAGGAGGAGGAUGAAGAUGAGGAGGAUGUGGAGACUGACGGCGGCUCCCCCGAGCAGGACUCGCUGCUGUCCCCGCUCUGUGCCAUCUCCAGUGACUCCGUGUACUCCGUGCUGUCCGAGGAGAGCUCCAAGCCAUCGCAGGUGUCCCUCUUCGCCUCCUCCAGGGAGUCCAUCUCGGAGCUGACGGUGGUCUCCAGGAAGUCCCUGAAGUCAUUUGUGUCCAGCCUGAAGGACUGCAUGGACAGCGGCUACGCCGAGGACAGUGACGAGAGCUCUCUGGACACGGUGGCCAGGACGGACAGGCCGCUCCCCAGGCAGCGGCAGUCACUGACCAACAGGCUCUACAAGCUGUUCAAGAGCAAGAGCCAGCAGCUGGUGCAGCGCCGGGAGCCGUGCCCGGGGCCGUGCUCGCUGUCGCUGCGGCGCGCCGAGAGCCUGUGCGCGUCCCCGGCCAGGCCGCGCGUCCCUGCGCGCUCGCGCCGCGCGCUCUCGCUGCCGCAGCACGGCCCGGGCUGGUGCGGGCCCGCCGCGCUCGCCUCUCGGCCCCUUGGGCUCCCCCGCCGCCCCUUCCUCAGCUGUGAUGAGGAGGCCAAGGCGGGCACGCUGCGCGUGGUGGUGUUCGGCUCGGACCGCAUCUCGGGCAAGGUGGCCCGCGCCUACCGCGACCUCAGGCUCAAGGAGAGCUCCUGCCCCUCGCUGACACGGUACUUCAGGCUGCUGUUUUUCUACAUCCCCGUGAAGAGGAGCUGUGCGGCUCCAUCCACCCCGCAGAUGCAUCAUCACCCCUCGCUGGCCCUGGGGGACCCCCUGCCCCGGGCACUGGACCCCUCCCUGGCUGGGAUGGAGGGCAGCACCAACGACAUCUCGCACUACAUCGGCCUGCUGGACCCCUGGUAUGAGCGCAACGUCCUGGGGCUGAUGAACCUGCCCAUGGACGUCCUGUGCCAGUGUGCCAAGCCUGAGGCUGAGCCCCAGGAGGACUCCCAGGAGCAGCUGCCCAUCUUGGCAGACAUGAUCCUCUACUACUGCCGCUUCGCCACACGCCCCGUGCUGCUGCAGCUCUACCAGACCGAGCUCACCUUCAUUGGGGGGGAGAAGAGGACCGAGGUCUUCAUCCACUCGCUGGAGCUGGGGCACUCGGCAGCCACGAGGGCCAUCAAGGCCUCAGGUCCAGGCAGCAAAAGGCUGGGAAUAGAUGGAGACAGGGAAGCAAUCCCACUGACACUACAGAUUGCAUACAGCAAGACAGCUGCCAGUGGCAGGAGUCACUGGAAUGAUGUGGAGAAGGUCUGCACAUCCGUCAACCUCAGCAAGGCCUGCAGGAAGCACGAGGAGCUCGCCUCGAAGACAGAAUGUCUCAACUUAACCAUGACUGAGGUGGUCAAGAGGCAGAAUUCCAAAUCCAAGAAAAGUUUCAAUCAGCAGAUCAGCAUGUCCCAGAUCAAAGUGGACAAGGUCCAGAUCAUUGGGGUCCAGUCCUCCUUUGCCGUGUGCCUGGACCAGGAUGAGCAGAAGAUCCUGCAGAGUGUGACCAGGUGUGAGAUCUCCGUGUGCUACAAGCCCAGGGACAGCAACCCCCUGGCACCCAGAGGGUCCCCAGUGCCCCCCCAGGACCCCUCUGAGUUCCACUCCCUGCUGUGUUUGCCCAUUGCCACCUUCAGUGGGGCACUGCCAUAGAGGGGCCGUGUCCCUCCAGACCAUCCUGCACCAAUCAGUGAGGGGAAGGAAGAGGAUGCCCAGCCCUGCUUGGCCAAGAGCUGCUGCAGCUGAGGAGUCGUUGUGGUGUCGGGGUGGUGCCUGCUCCUGCUCCAGGCUCAGCCCCUCCUUGGGAAGUGGGAUCUUCGUGCUCUGGUGUCACUGGGGGCUCCUCAGCAAGGGGAGGAAGGUGGUUCCUGGAUAUCUCCCUGUGGAUCAGCAGAUGCCAACACUGGGGUGGGAGGGCAGGGCAAGGACAGGGAUAUUCCCUGGCAGAAAAUGGUGCAGGUGGGAUAUGGGGGGGAUAUUUGGGAAAAGGAAUGUCCUUGGCUCAGUGGUGUCAGGUGUCCGUCAGUGCAUGGGAAUUACAGCUCCCAUUGUAUUGGUGAAAUACCAGCCCAUGUCCUGGUGGUAUUUCACCUGUGAGGUCGAGGAUGCUCAGUACAGUUUUUUGGGAUGGGGGACAGAUUUCCCAAGGUUUCCAUUCCCUUCUGGAGGCUGGGUGUCCUGCAGGGAAACAGAGCAGGGAUCCUGCAGCAUGGGCUGCGUGUGUCCCAGGGAAUUGAGUGCAAUAGGGCACCCCAGGGCAAGGACAGCUGGUGGUGGAUCCAUGUAUUUCCUGUACAUCCAGGAGAAGAAUUCCCAAUUCCUGCAGGACUCCAGCACUGACCUGUACUCUGAGUCCAGGAGCAUCCUGCUCCCAGCACUGUGUGCCAGAGCCAGCGCAGGGCUGAACCCUCUGUAGCUGCUGGAAAUCCAUCAGGAGCAGGGAGGGAAGUACUGGGGGAAGCACCAGCAUUGCCUCAGGUACCUGCAGGGUCACCUUUGCUGGAGAAGGACCCAGCACCAAACCCAGCGAGUAACACCUGCAAGCGACAGCAGGAUUUGAGAUCCUCCCCCCAACAAACACUCCAACCUCCUCCCCCUUUCUGCAAGGCUGUGGAUACAGAAAGGUGCAAUAUUUGAGGAUAUUUAGGGAUAGUCUGACCCCAUGAACAAAGACAUAAGGCUGUUCUGGGUGGUUUUUGGGGAUUGUAUCACUGCUAGCAGCACAAGAGCUCAUUGCCUGCUGCAGACUCAAAGGAGCUUGAUCCCAAGGUUCUCUGUUUCCUGGAGAUGUCUGGAAGGGACCCCUAGCACUGCUGGGGGCUGCAGGGCUCAGCUGCAAUGGGGUCAGUUCAGGGGGUCCCUUGAUCCUCCAGGAAACAGGACCUGGUGAGCUCUUAGCACUGUCCCCAAGGGCUGGUGGCACAUCAGCAGUGUCACUUCAGGUUCAAUCUGCCAGGGAAAGCGCCGGAGCUCCUGGGGGUUCAGGUGUCUCAGCAGAGUGGGGGUCAGGUUUGUCUGCUGCAUCCCCCCAUCCCUGCUGGAAGUGUUGGGGAUCCCUCCUGUGGCCCUGACUCUGCUGCUGGCCACUGUCCCUUUGCUGGGGACAGCUUGGCCUGGGCCAGGGAUGAGCACCAUGGUCCCCAAGGUGUUCCCUGGUAUCCUCAGCAGCUCUGGGUGCAGCUCCUGUCAGGGCCAGAGAUGAGGAAAUCUUUGAUGUGCCGGUGCUCCCGAGGCCUCUGCACUUCCCCCUCCUGCUUGAAUCCACCACCCCGGACUGGAGCUGCCCUGGGGAUCAAGGAAAGCUCCUCGGGGGGGUGAAGCAUCCCUUGGGCACAAGCAGGAGCCCUGGCCCCAGCCCAGAGCAGAGCCAGGGUGGUCUCCCAGCAAAGAUCCCCCUUCUCUGGCCUCACAGUGGCUCCAGGAGCACCCAGCUUAUCCAAGUGCACGGCGCAGUGUCUGUCCUUGCAGGGACCCCCAGCACAGCCAGGCUCUGCUGUGCUGUCCCUGCUCCAGGAUGCCUGGGCACUCCUCUCCAGAACUAUUGUCAGCCAAAUAGGCUCCAAGGAUCCAAAUCCAAUUUUAGUGGCUCUUUUCAUGCACUUGGAAAAGGUUUUCUCACCGACUUUUCCUUCCCAAAACAGGUUUGUGGUGUGUUCUCUCCAGUGGGGCUGGAGUUUGGCAGGGGGUUGUUUUUGUUCAGGGCUUUAAAACAGCCCCUCACCCUGUCAAACACUCCUCUCAGGGAUCUUGGUAUCCAUGGCUAAAUCCGUGCCAGGACAGAAAUCCCUCUGGGUUCAGUUGGCCCUGCAGCAAUCCUGGAGAAGAGAAUUUCCACCCCAUAGAGAAAACCAAGCAUAAACUCCAGGCACUCAGAAUUCUGGAGAAGGUUUUGACCUCUGAUUCUGUCUGGAAAUGAAAGAAUUCCAGGGUUCUUUGGGGUCGUCUUUGUACAUUUGUGUAGCCUCAACAAAUCUGUGUAAAGUCUGUGCUGAUCUGUAAAAUAUUGUGCAGAGAACUUUUAAAGUAAUUGUAAAAUAUUAAAAGUUGAUUUA